CGGCGAGAUCCUUGUAUUCCCAUCUCUAUUGGUUAGGGAUCAAAAACAUGCUUCCCGUGUUCAUCUGCAUUGUCACGUCUGAUCAACAUUGCAAGUUGGAAUACCAGCUAUGUCUGCUAUAAAGGACUUGAAACUCAAUCCAGUUGUAUGACCUAUUAGUGCUCGAUAUCACUGUGACUUCUUUAUCAGAUCCGACGUCUUUUCCGAAGACGAAGAGAGUUUUGUAUCAGAUCUCUGCAAUUCUCUUAUCGUUCCCUUUCCUUUUCUCUUAAACAGAAAGCCACUUGCUAGUCAUGAUCAAGAUAGCAAUCGCCGGGACGGGCGGCCUGGCACAGUAUCUUGGGCACUAUCUUGAUACACAAACAUCUCACCAAUUCAUCUUCCUCUCAAGAAACCCUAACCCAGGCUUAUCCACCAAAGGAUGGCAAGUGAUCCAAGUGAACUACAGCAACGACCAGGACCUCCGCUACAAACUGACCGGGAUUGACAUGGUCAUUUCCACUAUCCACGGACAAGCCCAACUGGCCUUAAUCGACGCAGCAGCCCACGUGCAUGUGCAACGAUUCGUCCCAGCCGAAUUCGAAGGCCUACCUGCCCUCAGACCGCAGUCAGACAUCCUGGAUCGCGGCAAGACAGCAGCCCUGAAUAAACUAGCACAAUACAGACCCUACGGAAUGGAAUAUGCCGUCUUCGCCUGCGGUGUUUUCUACGAGCGCUUCGCUCCUGGCGGAAUGGCCGCUUUGCAACUUGGUCAGAGUAUCUAUGCAGCUGGAGAAGGUGACUAUGUCAUGGAUAUACGAAACAUGGUGGCUCGGAUCCCGUAUUUCGAUUCAACAGGUCGAGAGGUUCGAAUAUGUCUAACGUCCGCUCAGGACGUUGCCAGAUUCGUCGUUGCGGCGCUGGAACUGCCGGAAUGGCCUACUGAGUUUACGAUGUGCGGUGAGCGAAUGACGCUGAAUGAUCUUGUUGGUGUUGCGGAGCAUAUGAUGGGUGUUCACCAAUUCCACCGUGUCGGCCAUACCGUGGAGUCAUUACAGCAUAGUCUGGAAUACGCAAAGGCUACAGGAAAUAUGCCUGAACAGUGGCGUCUUUAUCAGUUAUUCGGUACGGCGAUGGGGAGGUAUGACUUCGAGGAAGCGAAUCUGAAUACCAUGGUCAAUGUUCGACCCAUGAACUUCAGAGAUUGGCUUUGCGCAGUGUGGUCUCGGAGAGUCUGAUUUGUAUUGCACGCAAUAAUGAUAAUAAUGUUUUUUUUAUGCGUUGAUGAUGCAUUUCGGGGUGCAGGAUUAGAUUAACAUUUUCUGGUGCGAUGGUUUAGCUAGGGUGGUGUUCUAGGAUACUACAAAAAAGUGAUAGGAUGCUGCUAAAGAAUAAUAACUUAUCAGAGUCUGUGUCAGUUGCGAGGUAUUCCAAGAGAAGUAUAACCGAUUG